CAAGAAUCAAAAAGCGAUGGAUGAGAAAGAAAUUAAAGAUGCAGUUCUUCAGUAAACGAUGAUUCUGGCUUGUUCUUCGCAAACCCACAAUCAUCAUGCAGAAGACUAGGUCUUUUCAUUUUAGGCGGAUUGGGAAACGAAUCCACCAUUUAAUUUCUGACGGUUCGCGUCACGACAGCGAGGAGGAGGUUGAAGAUGAUAGGGCAGAAGCAGAAUCUGAUAAUGAAAUGCCUAACAGCUUCAAUGGCAAUGACAAUGCAUCCUCAGUGGGAAAUCAUCCGCAUAUAGAGCCAGCGAUUAAUCAUCAACAUAAUGCUUCACCUGCAAACUUGGGUGCGGAAACAGCUGGCCCUAAACCUGCCAAGCCACAAACUGAAGUGGAGAUGAUAAAAGAAAGAUUUUCUAGGCUGCUGCUGGGAGAAGAUAUGUCAGGUGCUGGAAAGGGAGUUUCUUCUGCUUUGGCUUUGUCUAAUGCAAUAACAAACUUAGCUGCAUCUGUUUUCGGAGAACAAUCAAAACUGGCGCCAAUGUCUGCAGAAAGCAAAGCAAGGUGGAGAAGAGAAGUUGACUGGCUUUUGUCUGUGACAGAUCACAUUGUCGAGUUUGUUCCAUCAAAACAGAUAGGAAAAGAUGGGACGUGCAUGGAGAUCAUGACUACGCGGCAACGAAUUGAUCUGCUCAUGAACAUCCCUGCCUUACGCAAGCUUGAUGCAAUGCUUAUUGACACGUUAGAUAAUUUCAAAGAUCAGACUGAAUUCUGGUAUGUUAAAAAGGGUGAUGAUGAAUCUGAAGCUAGCAAUAAUAACCAUAGGAAGAGUGACAAAUGGUGGCUACCAACUGUCAAAGUUCCCCCAGAUGGAUUAUCAGAUGCGGGAAGAAAAUGGAUGUAUAUCCAGAAGGACUCUGUCACCCAAGUACUUAAAGCAGCCAUGGCUAUUAAUGCUCAAGUGCUAUCUGAGAUGGAGAUUCCUGAAAACUACAUUGAAUCUCUUCCCAAAAAUGGUAGAGAAAGCCUUGGUGAUUCACUCUAUAAAUUUAUCACAGAGGAUUACUUUGAUCCUGGACAGUUCCUCUCAUCUAUGGACUUGUCAAAUGAGCACAAAGUUCUUGACCUCAAGAAUAGGAUUGAAGCUUCUAUAGUGAUAUGGAGAAGAAAGAUGACCAACAAGGAUAGCAAAUCUUCCUGGGGUUCAGCUGUCAGCCAUGAGAAGAGGGAGCUCUUUGAGGAUAGAGCAGAGACAAUAUUGUUGUUAAUUAAACAGAAGUUUCCAGGACUUCCACAGUCUUCACUUGAAAUCAGCAAGAUCCAAUACAAUAAGGAUGUAGGACAGUCCAUUCUAGAAAGCUAUUCAAGGGUUAUAGAAAGCUUGGCUUAUACAGUGUCGUCAAGGAUUGAGGAUGUGCUAUAUGCUGAUUCCAUGGCUACCAAUCCAUCAAUGCCAACACAUAACAGGAUGUUGUCAGUCGAUGAAGACAUGAGCCGAAACCCUGGGGAAGAGACGGAAAAGUUGAAUUCUUCAUCAGAGACACCAUCCUCCAUGACUCUCUCAGAUUUCAUGAACUGGCCUUCUUCCAAUGGAAGGGAUGACAUGCAUAACUCUGGAGACUUGGAUGAAGUGAACUCUAAAGAAAACGAGGAAAAGAGUUCAAAUAAAACUCCCAAGUACACCAAGAAAUCCUACUGGGACAAGAUUGAGCACCUGUACGCUAUCAAAAGUCCCAUACCUCGCCAUUGACAUCAAUGAACCAUGUGAAACUAUUGGAUAUUCUCAAUUUCUCUUCUAAAUUUACAGCACAUUUUUUUAAAAAAGAUCAAUUAUUCAGUAUACCCAACCCACAAUUUAUAGGGUGCAUUACUCUUCAAAUGAGAGAAAUUGAGAAGAUCCAAUUCCGAAGAGGAAGGAGAAAAGGAGAGAAACUCACAGCAAAAAAAGGAAUCAGGAAGAAAUCAUUCACAGUGCAGGCUUUGUAGGCAUUUGGAACCUGAUCGUUCCUUUUUAAAAAAAUUUCAAGUUCACUGAAUAUGAACAGUCUGAUAUGCUAAAUCCAAAUCCCUCUGUAUCAUGGAGAUCUUUCCUAUCAUAAUUACAGAAGUUACAACCUUGAAAAGCGCCUCACUAAAGAGACAUCACCAUAAAAACACACACAGGACCAGAAGAUGAAGAAAUAGGUUCUCCAGCUUAAUUACUGUGAAUGCUUUCUGGGCCGUAUGAGCCAUAACAUGUCACUGCCACGCAAUGAUUUUCUUUGGCGUCCAGGUUUCUGGUUCACCUACAUAUAAACUCAUUCGGCAUCAGAAAUUAAGAUCCAAAGAGCCAAGCCAAGACAGUUCAAAUGAGGUUGGAUUACAUGAGCCAAACUCACUUGGAAAUGAAAUGUUUGAUUUGGGACUUUUGUUAAGACCGUCAUUGCGUCCUGAACAGGUACCAUAUCUGUAGAUGAAGUAUUGUCAAACCCAGAGAGCAGAAGAAGCUUAGACUAGUUUUAAGUAAAAAAAUUUUAGGCGUUUGCUAAUAGGUUUUUCAAUAGACAUAUGGCACAGUGAAGAAAACAUUUGAACGAUCUAGUUGUAUGAUUAUCAUGAUUGAUUUGAUAGCAGCAAAUUUGUUGCCACGAAAACAAUAUCUUACCUAAGGGCAAGUUGGUAUGCCCCUUAUCAGUAGCAGUGGUUAACUUAAAGUUUGGACAUGGCUUCUGGGUGUACAUAAAAAGUGGCAAAUCCUCCUCCUCAAGCACAAUAUCUUUAAUUUUUGGAGGAGCUUUA